AUGACUAGAGAAACGAUUGAGAAUGCAAUAAGAAGUGGAAAGAUAGAGGCAGAAGAGAAUACCAAAAGGCUAGCCCCACGGAAAAAGGAAAAUGAUGUGAACAGUACGAACAUAGGGUACUUAAAAUCAUUUAUUGUUAAUCAGCCGAGAGCAGUGACUACUGGGAGUCAAGGUUCGUUAAGACAAGAGUCUGGCACAAAGAAAAACAAUGAGAAGCUUCAAUUUAUGCCUAUCCCAAUGUCAUAUAAGGAGUUGUAUCAAAGUUUAUUCGAUGCACAUGUGGUGGCCGCUUUUUACUUAAAUCCAUUACAAUCUCCAUACCCCAAAUGGUACGACGCAAACGCUCAAUAUGACUACCAUGCAGGAAUUUCGGGGCAUUCAAUAGAAAACUGCACUGCCUUUAAGAAAGUUGUUGAAAGACUUAUUAAAGUGGGCGUUGUGAAGUUUGAUAAUGCACCUAGUGUAGAAAAUCCGAUACCUAAUGACGCCGAUGGCGGGAUAAACACGAUAAGUGAAAAUAUGGGGAGAAAGGUCAAGACAGACAUUACUGAAGUGAAAACUCCUUUGAAAUGGGUCUGGAAGGAGAUGGCAAAAAGGAGAUUAGUUAUUUCGAAUUUGAAAAGGUGCGACGAAGGGAUAGAGAGCUACUGUGAAUUCCACUAUGAAGAGGGGCACGGAAUUCAAGAAUGUAAAGAGUUUAGAGCUUUGAUUCAGGGCUUGAUGGACAACAAGGAGAUAAAAUUUUAUGAAGAGGUCGAAGAGGAGGGGUGUAUAUAUAUGUCAGAAUCAAUGUCGAAGGGCCCGAAGGUCAAUUAUCCUAUGGUUAUCAUUUCGCGUUCGAAAAAUGAUGUGGGAAUUCAAAUGACGCCAAAGGUUAUAAUUCAGAAACCAGCAGUUUUCUCUUACAAAGAAAACAAAAGGGUCCAUUGGAAUUAUGAUUGUAAUGUGACAAUCCUGGGGAAGGAGAGUUCAGCUAAGGAGGAUCAAGAUAUAGAACCUGUAAAAAGAAAAGCUCCGAUAGCGAAACUAAAGAAGGGAAAAGCUAUUGAGUCUGAGAUUCCUGUCAAUGAACCAAUAAAAGAGGAGGAAGCUAAGGAAUUCUUAAAAUUCCUAAAACAUAGUGAAUAUAGUGUGGUGGAACAGUUGCAUAAACAACUAGCUCACAUAUCUAUACUAGCUUUGCUCCUAAGUUCAGAGGUCCACCGAAAUGCAUUGAUGAAAGUGUUAAAUGAGACGUAUGUGGCUAAUGACAUCUCCGUCAAUAAGUUGGAUCGGCUGAUUAAUAACAUAAGUGCUGAUAAUUUUAUCUUCUUCAACGAUGACGAAAUACCACCAGGAGGUAUGGGGUCCACUAAAGCUCUGCACAUCACUACCAGAGGCAAAGGAUACACAUUGCCAGAUGUCUUGAUAGAUAAUGGGUCGGCAUUGAAUGUAUUGCCCUUGUCUACAUUAAAUAGAUUACCUGUGGAUAGCUCACACAUGAAGGGGUGUCAGAAUAUAGUGCGGGCAUUUGAUGACACAGAGAGAAGAGUCAUGGGGAGAAUAGAAAUACCUUCUUUGAUUGGUUCAACUACAUAUGAGGUGGACUUUUUGGUUAUGGAUAUCAAACUCUCAUACAACUGCCUCUUAGGAAGACCUUGGAUACAUUUAGCAGGGGCAGUGCCUUUAUCAUUGCAUCAGAAGUUGAAGUUAGUAUCAGAGGGUCGGUUGGUAACGGUAAAUGCUGAAAAGGAUAUCAUUGCAGUUGUAAGCAGUGAUGCACCAUAUUUGGAUACAGAUGACGAAGCAAUCGAAUGUUCCUUAGAAUUUGUUAAUGUGACAUUCAUUAUUGAGGGGAGCAAGAUUCUGACACCGAAAUUAUCCAAAACUACAAGGAUGAGUCUACAGUUGAUGGUUGGAAGAGGAGCUUUACCAGGAAAGGGGCUUGGAAGACAUCUCCAGGGAAGGAUUGAAGUUUCGAUGUUGAAAGACAAAUGUGACCAUUUUGGUUUAGGGUUCAGGGCAGAUGCAAGACAAAGGAAGAAAGAAUUAGAAAAAAGGCAGGAAAGAAGAAAGGUACAAUUGAGUGGUGAAGAAAUCAAGUGGGAACCUAUGGUGAUCCCUUACAUAUCAAAGACUUUUGUAUUGAAAGGGAUUAUUCAUCCCGAACGAAUGACGUCGAGGAAAAAAUACAUCGAAGAAAUGUUGAAAGAUAUUCACAUCAAUGCCAUAUUGGAAGAAGCGACUGAAGAAGGGACCUUGUCAGAUGUUCGUCCUUAUGAACCCGGGAGUGUUCUAGGCAACUGGAUUGUAGAAGACAUUCUUGUAGUAUUUAGAGCUUACUCAGAGUCUCCAGAUAUCAAUAAUAUGAGCGACACUGCUAACGACUCAGAGUCUCUUUUUGAGCAAGAUAUGUGUAUGGAGGAUUCUCAGGAUUUCGAAGUUGACCAAGGCUGUAGCCUAUCUCCUGAUUUGUUAAGGAUAGUAGAGUAA